AUGUUCAGUACUCCUGGUGAUGAUGUCUUUGUUGAUGUUGCACUUGAACUGUCUGUGAAAGAGGGAGCAGUUAUGUGGCACUCUGACAGCCAUGCAGUCAUGCUACAGAGACUACUGCAAAUGCAUCAGACUGAAGCUGACAAGUGGAUGCAUUUUGGUUACUACAAUUACAAAUGGGAUACAUGUGCACACCUCACCUCUGUUGCAGGAUGUCACAUCACAACACAUACCACACUGCUUGGACAAUUCAAUGCAACCUUUGUCCAGAUAUACACAACCGAUAAAUGCCUUACCUAUGACAUGUGGGCAAGCAAUAAUGCCAAGUUCAUUACAGCAGUUAAUCUGAUAAAGAAGUCAAAGUACACAUACAAUGAGUUUCUUGGGAAAUUGUAUAGUGUCUUCACAGAUGCAGCAUGGCAUAACAAUGUACAUGCACAGAUUGAGGCACAAGUCCCACUGGCUAAUGUGGAAGAUGUGUUCGCAGAUGUGCCAGUUGCGAGUUUCUCAGAUCUGGUGUAUUGUGUUCCACAACAAGACUGGUGGUGA